GUCGCCGCCAAUUACACCAUGCAGCUUCAUGUAAUACUAAUCAAGCAAUAAUAGAGUACUCCAGAUGGAACCUAGUAAUAGGUGCCUCAGAUCACCAUGUUCCGUCCCCUCCACUUGACCCCCUACAUCACACGCCCCUUUCUCAUAUCCAAUUACCUCCCCACCUUCCCAAGGUUCUUCACUCUCUCUGCGCUCUCCCUCUCCGACAAAGCCUUGCCUCCCCGCCUGAAGAUCCAAGAUGCCGACGUGACCAUCUCAUACCUUAAGGGCACUGGCCCUGGAGGCCAAAAGAUCAACAAAACCAACUCUGCCGUCCAGAUCAUACACAAACCCACGGGUGUAGUGGUCAAGUCUCAAGCCACAAGAUCCCGUUCCCAGAAUGAAAAGAUUGCCCGUCAGCUGCUUGCUGACAAGGUCGAAGAGCUCUUGAAUGGGGAUCAAAGUCGUGCGGCCAUCAAGGCCGACCGCGCCAGGAAGAAGAAGGCCAGUAAAAUGAAGAAGAGCCGGCGCAAGUAUCGUGAGCUCGAAGAUGGCAAGGAGAGUCAAGAGAUAGAAGUAGCAGAAGAAGAGAACGAUGCACCAGAGCCGGCUGAUUCAAAGCAUGAAUCAAAAUUGGAAGGAGCAGACAUACAAAGUCCUCACCAGCUGUCCGCUCAACAACAGAUUCUACAGCAGAAACAUCUCCCAGACAUCGAGCGAGGCCCGAGGUAAUGUGAUCCUCUGCAUCGCGUGCGCCGCUAUUCUAGCGUUCGCACACGGGAUCAAGGCACGCUGUCGCUCUCCCAGCGUAGUUUAACUUAGAAAACGUCAACCACUAGUCACUUCGCAACACAACUACGAGGAAGUCAAGGCAUAUAUCAGUGUCAUCUAAAUAUAAUUCAAUUCAUAAGGACAUGCAAUGGAGUAGUUG